AUGUCAUUCUUGCACCACUGCCCCCUCAUUGCCAACACAGGAAGAUCCCGGCCGGGCCGGCGGACAGAGCCGCGGCCCCCCAGGCGCCAAGAAGCCCGCGGCCCGCGGGGUCGGGAGCACAGCCCGAGCGCGCCCACCGCACGUCCCCACGCACAACGUUCCAGCCGCCCCGGCGCCAUGAGACCUCCGGCCACCGCCCGCUGCCCUGGGCGCCCCCUACGAACCCCCUGGCGGAGUUUGCUGCCUCUCACCCUGGCUCUCUUCGUGGGCGUGGGUCACGCUCAGAGGGACGCGGCGGGAAGAUACGAGUCAGCUGGCAGGGACGGGACUCGACCGCGGAGCCCCGGGGGCAGCCACCUCGCGGCGGCUUCAGCCAAGGUGUACAGUCUGUUCCGCGAGCAAGACACGCCCGUCCUGGGCUUGCAGCCCGCGGAGCAGGUCCAGCCGAGCUGGGGGAGCCCCAGGAGGCCCGCCGAGGUGGAGGCAGCGAGGAGGCCGCCACGCGCGCAGCAGUCGCGGCGGGUGCAGCCACCUGCGCAGACCUGGAGAAGCAGUCCCUGGGGCCAUCAGCAGCCGGCACCCCGCACCCGGGCCGCCCCUGCUCUCCCGCGCGGCGGGACCCUGCAGCGGCCCAGGGCUGCGCCCCCAAAGCCGCCGCGAGGGCGGCUCACCGGAAGGAAUGUCUGCGGGGGACAGUGCUGCCCAGGAUGGACCACAGCGAACAGCACCAACCACUGUAUCAAACCUGUGUGCCAGCCGCCCUGCCAGAACAGGGGCUCCUGCAGCCGGCCCCAGCUCUGCGUGUGCCGCUCGGGCUUCCGUGGAGCCCGCUGUGAGGAGGUCAUUCCUGAGGAGGAAUUUGACCCCCAGAACUCCAGACCAGCACCCCGACACUCAGCCGAGGGCCCACCCAACCUGCACAGGACCAGCACAGCCAGGGAGAGAGGUGGGGCCAGAACACAGCCGCUGGCACCACAGAGGCCCAGGUCCCUGAGUGGGCUCAGCCAGGGCCACUCCUCCCAGCAGCAUGUGGGACUGUCCCCCACCAUCCGACUUUACCCAGUCUCUGCGACGAGUGGUCAGCUGAGUUCCAAUGCGCUGCCCUUGGGGCCGGGCCUGGAGCGGAGGGAUGGUGCCCAGCGGGCAGCAUAUCUGGACUACUCGUCAUCCCCCUGGGGACUGAACCUCACCGAGAAAAUCAAGAAGAUCAAGAUUGUCUUCACUCCCACCAUCUGCAAGCAGACCUGUGCCCGCGGACACUGUUCCAACAGCUGUGAGCGUGGCGAUACCACCACCCUGUACAGCCAGGGUGGCCAGGGUCACGACCCCAAGUCUGGUUUCCGCAUCUAUUUCUGCCAGAUCCCCUGCCUGAACGGAGGUCGCUGCAUCGGCAGGGAUGAGUGUUGGUGCCCUGCCAACUCCACCGGGAAGUUCUGCCACUUGCCCGCGCCAAAGCUGGACCCAGAACCUUCGGGAAGGGGCUCCCUCCACAGGGGCCCAGUGGGAGCCCCCUUGAGGCAAUCCACCUUCACACUGCCUCUCUCCAACCAGCUGGCCUCUGUGAACCCCUCCUUGGUGAAGGUGCACAUCAACCACCCGCCCGAAGCCUCCGUGCAGGUGCACCAGGUGGCCAGGGUGCGGGGUGAGGCCGAGGCCCCAGAGGAGAACAGCGUGGAGACCAGACCCUCACGCCGGCUCCCCGCCAGCCGAGGCCACAGCCACUGGGACAGCAACAUCAUCCCCGCUCAGGCCGGAGAGGCCCCUCGACCUCCACCCCCGGUGGCGCCCAGGCCUCGGGGCCUGCUGGGCAGGUGUUACCUGAGUGCUGUGAAUGGACAGUGUGCCGACCCCCUGCUGGAGCUGACAGCCCAAGAGGAUUGCUACUACCCGGUGAUUGAAAAUGGCCAGCUGGAGUGUCCCCAGGGCUACAAGAGACUGAAUCUCACUCACUGCCAAGACAUCAACGAGUGCUCAGCCCUGGGCCUGUGCAAGGACUCGGAGUGUGUGAACACCAGGGGCAGCUACCUGUGCACCUGCAGGCCUGGCCUCAUGCUGGAUCCCUCGAGGAGUCGCUGUGUGUCCGACAAAGCCGUCUCCAUGCAGCAGGGGUUCUGCUACCGGUCGCUGGGGCCUGGCACCUGCACCCUGCCUUUGGCCCAGCGGAUCACCAAGCAGAUAUGCUGCUGCAGCCGAGUGGGCAAAGCAUGGGGCAGCAAGUGUGAGAAAUGCCCCCUGCCUGGCACAGAAGCCUUCAGGGAGAUCUGCCCUGCUGGCCACGGCUACACCUACUCCAGCUCAGACAUCCGCCUGUCCAUGAGGAAAGCGGAGGAGGAGGAACUCGCCAGGCCCUCGAAGGAGCAAGGGCAGAAGAGCAAUAGGACCCUGCUCAGGCCUGCUGAGAGGCAGCCACUCCGGGUGGUCACCGACACUUGGCAGGAGGCUGGAGCCACCCCUGAUAAGGGGGACUCUCAGGCUGGCCAGGACGAGACCAAUGUUACCCAAGUGCUUGCCUGGGCCCCAGGGGUUGCUGUCAGAAGGCCAACACCACCGCCGCCUGCACAGGCAGUCCCAGGGGCCUGGCACGAAGAGCAAGUGAUCUCCCCCACUGAUGCGCUGGAUGCCUUGGGUGUCCCAGACAUCGACAGAUGUGCUACCAACAUCUGCGGCCCCGGCACGUGUGUGAACCUCCCAGAUGGAUACAGAUGUGUCUGCAGCCCCGGCUACCGGCUGCACCCCAGCCAGGCUUACUGUACAGAUGACAAUGAGUGUCUAAGGGACCCGUGUCUGGGAAGAGGGCGCUGUGUCAACCGUGUGGGCUCCUACUCCUGCUUCUGCUACCCUGGCUACAUGCUGGCCACCUCGGGGGCCUCGCAGGAAUGCCGAGACAUAGACGAGUGUGAGCAGCCAGGGGUGUGUGUCGGCGGGCGCUGCACCAACACUGAGGGUUCAUACCACUGCGAGUGUGACCAGGGCUACAUCAUGGUGAGGACGGGACACUGCCAAGAUAUCGAUGAAUGCCGACACCCUGGCACCUGCCCAGAAGGGAGAUGCAUCAACUCUCCCGGCUCCUACACUUGCCUGGCCUGUGAGGAGGGGUACCGGGGCCAGCGAGGGAGCUGUCUAGAUGUGAAUGAGUGUCUGACCCCCGGGGUCUGUGCCCAUGGACAGUGCAUCAACCUAGAGGGCUCCUUCAGGUGCUCCUGCAAGCAGGGCUAUGAGGUCACCUCAGACGGGAAGGGCUGCCAAGAUGUCAACGAAUGUGCCAGCCGGGCCUCGUGCCCCACGGGGCUCUGCCUCAACACUGAGGGCUCUUUUUCCUGUUCAGCCUGCGAGAGUGGGUACUGGGUGAAUGAAGAUGGCACUGCCUGUGAAGACCUAGACGAGUGCGCCUUCCCUGGAGUCUGCCCUUCGGGAGUCUGCACCAACACAGCGGGCUCCUUCUCCUGCAGGGACUGUGAGAAGGGCUACCAGCCCAGCGCCCUGGGCCACACCUGCGAAGACAUAAACGAGUGUGAGGACCUCCAGAGCCGCUGCCUGGGAGGCGAGUGCAGGAACACGGCUGGCUCCUACCAGUGCCUGUGUCCCCGGGGCUUCCAGCUGGCCAACGGCACCGUGUGUGAGGAUGUGGACGAGUGCAGGGGGGAGGAGUACUGUGCCCCCCGAGGCGAGUGCCUCAACAGCCACGGAUCCUUCUUCUGUCUCUGCGCACCGGGUUUUGCCAGCGCAGACAUGGGCACCAGCUGCCAGGAUGUGGACGAGUGUGAAGCCGCAGACCCGUGUCAGGGAGGACGCUGUGUCAACACCGAGGGCUCCUUCAGCUGUGUGUGCAAGACUGGUUUCCAGCUGUCCCCGGAGAGCGGGGAGUGUGUGGAUAUUGAUGAGUGUGAGGACUACGGAGAUGCCGUGUGCGGGCCCUGGGGGUGUGAGAACAGUCCUGGCUCCUACCGCUGUGUCCGGGGCUGCCAGCCUGGCUUUCACAUGACCCCGACUGGAGACUGCAUUGACAUAGACGAGUGUGCCAAUGACACCGUGUGCGGCAGCCACGGCUUCUGUGACAAUACGGACGGCUCCUUCCGCUGCCUCUGUGACCAGGGCUUCCAGACCUCACCCUCGGGCUGGGACUGCGUGGAUGUGAAUGAGUGUGAGCUCAUGCUGGCCGUGUGCGGGGCGGCGCUGUGUGAGAACGUGGAGGGCUCCUUCCUGUGCCUGUGUGCCAGCGACCUGGAGGACUAUGAUGCCCAGGAGGGGCGCUGCCGCCCCAGGGUGUCUGGAGGUCAGAGUAUCCCCGAGGUCUCGCCUGGGGAGCACCCCCCACGCCCCAUCCGCAUGGGAUGCUAUGCUGAGCAGAAUGGCCAGCCGCCCUGCUCCAGCCUCCUGGGCCGGAACACCACACAGGCUGAGUGCUGCUGCACCCAGGGAGCCAGCUGGGGAGACGCCUGUGAGCCCUGCCCCGCGGAGGACUCAGGUGAUUUCCGCGCGAUCUGCCCUAGCGGUAAAGGCUACAUCCCUGUGGAAGGAGCCUGGAUGUUUGGACAGACCACCUACACAGAUGCAGACGAGUGUGUGAUGUUCGGGCCAGGGCUUUGUCAGAACGGCAGGUGUCUGAACACGGUGCCUGGCUACAUCUGUCUGUGCAAUCCUGGCUACCACUACGAUGCCGCCCGCAGGAAGUGUGAGGAUCUUGACGAGUGCCAAGACCUGGCCUGCGAGAACGGCGAGUGCGUGAACACGGAAGGCUCUUUCCACUGCUUCUGCAGCCCGCCCCUCACCCUGGACCUCAGCCAGCAGCGCUGCGUGAACGGCUCCGGCGGCGCAGAGGACCUCCCUGACCACGACAUCCACAUGGACAUCUGCUGGGAAAAAGUCACCAACUAUGUGUGCAGCCACCCCCUCCACGGGCGCCGCACCACCUACACGGAGUGCUGUUGCCAGGACGGCGAGGCCUGGAGCCAGCAGUGUGCUCUGUGCCCGCCCCGGAGCUCCGAGGUCUAUGCUCAGCUGUGCAAUGUAGCCCGGAUUGAAGCAGAGCGGGAGGCUGGAGUCCACUUCCGGCCAGGGUAUGAGUAUGGCCCUGGGCCGGAUGACCUGCACUACGGCCUCUACGGCCCAGAAGGAGCCCCCUUCUACAACUACCUAGGCCCUGAGGACACGGUUCCCGAGCCACCCUUCCCAAACACAGCCAGUCACCCAGGGGAUCGUAUGCCAGUCCCGGAGUCGCCCCUGCAGCCCUCAGAACUCCAGCCUCACUACCUGGCCAGCCAUCCAGAGCACCAGGCCGGUUUUGAAGGGCUUCAGGCAGAAGAGUGCGGCAUCCUGAACGGCUGUGAGAACGGCCGCUGUGUGCGCGUGCGCGAGGGCUACACUUGUGACUGCUUUGAGGGCUUCCAGCUGGACAUGGCCCACAUGGCCUGCGUGGACGUGAAUGAAUGUGAUGACCUGAAUGGACCUGCUGUACUCUGUGACAGUGGUCACUGUGAGAACACCGAGGGCUCGUACCGCUGCCAUUGCCCCCCAGGUUAUGAGGCGGCGACGGGCCCCCCACGCUGCAUUGCCAAGGAGUAGCAGUGAGGGGUGAGUAUGAGCAGCUACCUGGAAACAGGUCUGAGGCACAGGCGGGGGCCUAUGGAAGCCUUUCUGGUUGGGAAGACCCUAUGAAGAUGUCAGGCAGAAGGCCCUGCAUCCCAGCUUGCAGCCAGUCUGGCCUGCUCCUCAUGUCCCCCAGCACAGGCUCUGGCUGUGAGCUUCUGUCACUGCCCCAUGCCACCAUGCCCUGCUUGGCUCAAACACCAAAUGCUUUAGUGCUUCUGCCACUGGCCAUGAGGCCCAGUCCUCCAUCUGCCCUGGCCUUGACAUGGAUGCUCACGUAAGGAUGGCUCUCACCCAGCCCUUCAAGCUGUGCAAAUGUGCAAGGUCUUUCAGCCUCAUACUACAAACACCCUUUCCAUCCACGAUCCUUAUCAUCCUGGUGAUUAGGCCACUAGGUCAGAGGCUACAUCUGUCCUGGGAUGAUCCUUCUGAAUCUAUGAAGCAAAAAAGGAUUGGCGAAGUUAUCGCUACCACUCAGCCAAUCUGAUCAGGGCCAGAUUCUGCCACAUCUCCAUCCCGCGGCCAAUUCCGCUGUCCAAGGAAGGGGUGAGAAGAUCCUCCUCAUGUCAGAGAAGCAAGACUGAUACUAACUUGCUCAGUGUAAGAGAUGCAAAUAAAGGGGAGCAAUGAGCCUGAGAAAGCAGCAAAAUAUGAAAAAAUAUGGGGAACUGGUAAGAAAGAGGGAACCAAGGUUUCAGCAAAUCUAAAGAAGAUAGCCAGUAGCUUGGGUCAAUAAAAAUCCAACAUCCACCCAGCAAUAGCUCCUGUACAUCACAGCAAGGGGUGCUACCGGACAUCUCUGAAGGCCUUGAAGUACUGCUUCUUACAGGAAACAAAUCUGUCCUGGACUCUCCUUAGGUGGAAAACAGUUUGAUGUGCUAAAAAGAAAAGGGUUAUUUUCUAGCUGGUGAAAUAUGGUGCAGUCUUGUUUAAGAAAUCCAGAUUUCCAAUGUUUUUUCUCCUCUUUAUUCUCUCCUUUGUCCUUUUCCCACUCAUAAAACGGCUGGCUGAUGUCCCUGAGUUUACAAGUAGACACCCUACCUUCAGCGAGCUGGGAGUCUAGAACCAUGAUGGAAUAAAGAAAUGUAA